AUGGCCGCGGCGGCGGGCGGCGGAGGGCUGGGGACGACGACCGGCGCCGCGGGCGCAGGAGGCGCGGCGGCGGCCACGGGCCUGGCCGUUUAUCGGCGGAAGGACGGGGGCCCGGCGAGCAAGUUUUGGGAGAGCCCGGAGACGGUGUCCCAGCUGGAUUCGGUGCGGGUCUGGCUGGGCAAGCACUACAAGAAGUAUGUUCACACGGAUGCUCCUACGAAUAAAACUCUGGCUGGGCUGGUGGUACAGCUUCUUCAGUUCCAGGAAGAUGCCUUUGGGAAGCAUGUCACCAACCCGGCCUUCACCAAGCUCCCGGCAAAAUGUUUCAUGGAUUUCAAAGCUGGAGGCACCUUGUGUCACAUUCUUGGGGCUGCUUACAAAUACAAAAAUGAACAGGGAUGGCGGAGGUUUGAUCUGCAGAAUCCAUCCCGAAUGGAUCGUAAUGUUGAAAUGUUUAUGAACAUUGAAAAAACAUUGGUUCAGAGCAAUUGUCUGGCCAGACCCAACAUCUACCUCAUUCCAGACAUUGAUCUGAAGUUGGCUAGCAGAUUGAAAGAUAUAAUCAAACGACAUCAGGGAACAUUUACUGAUGAGAAGUCAAAAGCUUCCCACCACGUUUAUCCAUAUCCUUCCUCACAAGAGGAUGAAGAGUGGUUGAGACCUGUGAUGAGAAAAGACAAGCAGGUGUUGGUGCACUGGGGGUUUUACCCUGACAGCUAUGAUACUUGGGUCCAUAGUAAUGAUGUUGAUGCAGAAAUUGAAGAUCCACCGAUUCCAGAAAAACCAUGGAAGGUUCAUGCAAAAUGGAUUUUGGACACUGAUGUUUUCAAUGAAUGGAUGAAUGAGGAGGAUUAUGAGGUGGAUGAGAACAGGAAGCCCGUGAGUUUUCGUCAGCGAAUUUCAACAAAGAAUGAAGAGCCAGUCAGAAGUCCAGAGAGAAGAGAUAGAAAAGCAUCAGCUAAUGCUCGAAAAAGGAAACAUUCACCUUCCCCUCCGCCCCCGACACCCACAGAAUCCCGGAAGAAGAGUGGGAAGAAAGGCCAAGCUAGUCUUUAUGGGAAGCGGAGAAGUCAGAAAGAGGAAGAUGAGCAAGAAGAUCUUACCAAGGACAUGGAAGACCCAACACCUGUACCCAACAUAGAGGAAGUGGUUCUUCCAAAAAAUGUAAACCCAAAGAAAGAUAGUGAAAAUACACCUGUUAAAGGAGGAACUGUGGCAGAUCUAGAUGAGCAGGAUGAAGAAACAGUCACGACAGGAGGAAAGGAAGAUGAAGAUCCUGGCAAAGGUGAUCAGAGUAGAUCCGUUGACCCUGGUGAAGAUAAUGUGACUGAGCAGACCAAUCACAUUAUUAUUCCUAGCUAUGCAUCGUGGUUUGAUUAUAACUGUAUUCAUGUGAUUGAACGGCGUGCUCUUCCUGAGUUUUUCAAUGGAAAAAACAAAUCCAAGACCCCAGAGAUAUACUUGGCAUAUCGAAAUUUCAUGAUUGACACAUACCGCCUAAAUCCCCAAGAAUAUUUAACCAGCACUGCUUGUCGGAGGAACUUAACUGGAGAUGUGUGUGCUGUGAUGAGGGUUCAUGCCUUUUUAGAACAGUGGGGGCUUGUUAAUUACCAAGUGGAUCCAGAAAGUCGACCCAUGGCAAUGGGGCCUCCUCCAACUCCUCAUUUCAAUGUGUUAGCUGAUACCCCUUCGGGGCUUGUUCCUCUACAUCUUCGAUCACCUCAGAUUCCUGCUGCUCAGCAGAUGUUAAAUUUUCCUGAGAAGAACAAGGAAAAACCAAUUGAUUUGCAGAACUUUGGUCUUCGUACUGACAUCUACUCCAAGAAAACCUUAGCAAAGAGUAAAGGUGCUAGUGCUGGAAGAGAAUGGACUGAACAGGAGACUCUGCUACUCUUGGAGGCUCUGGAGAUGUAUAAAGAUGAUUGGAACAAAGUGUCAGAGCACGUUGGAAGUCGCACUCAGGAUGAAUGCAUCCUUCACUUCUUGAGGCUUCCCAUUGAGGACCCAUACCUUGAGAAUUCUGAUGCUUCCCUGGGGCCCCUGGCCUACCAGCCUGUCCCCUUCAGUCAGUCGGGAAACCCAGUCAUGAGCACUGUUGCUUUUUUGGCAUCUGUGGUGGAUCCUCGUGUGGCAUCUGCUGCAGCCAAAGCAGCUUUGGAGGAGUUUUCUCGGGUCCGGGAGGAGGUGCCCCUGGAGUUGGUGGAGGCUCAUGUCAAGAAAGUUCAAGAAGCAGCCCGAGCCUCCGGGAAGGUGGAUCCCACCUAUGGCCUGGAGAGCAGCUGCAUUGCAGGCACAGGGCCAGAUGAGCCAGAGAAGCUGGAAGGAGCUGAAGAGGAAAAAAUGGAAACAGAUACUGAUGCUCAGCAGCCUGAAAAGGCAGAAAACAAGGGGGAAAAUGAAACGGAUGAAGGUGAUAAAGCACAAGAUGGAGAAAAUGAAAAAAACAGUGAAAAGGAACAGGAUAGUGAAGUUAGCGAGGAUACCAAAUCAGAAGAAAAGGAGGCUGAAGAGAACAAGGAACUCACUGAUUCUUGUAAAGAAAGAGAAAGUGAUGUUGGGAAGAAGAAAGUAGAACAUGAAAUUUCUGAAGGAAACGUAGCCACAGCCGCAGCAGCUGCUCUUGCCUCAGCUGCAACGAAAGCCAAGCACCUGGCUGCCGUGGAAGAGAGAAAGAUCAAGUCUCUGGUAGCUCUUCUGGUUGAGACACAAAUGAAGAAACUGGAGAUUAAACUUAGACAUUUUGAAGAACUAGAAACUAUCAUGGACAGAGAGAAAGAAGCUUUAGAACAACAGAGGCAGCAGUUGCUUACGGAGCGCCAGAACUUCCACAUGGAGCAGCUGAAAUACGCUGAGUUGCGAGCCCGACAGCAAAUGGAACAGCAGCAGCAUGGGCCGAACCCUCAACAGGCACACCAGCACUCAGGAGGACCCGGCCUGGCGCCGCUGGGAGCAGCAGGACAUCCCGGCAUGAUGCCUCAUCAGCAGCCCCCUCCCUACCCUCUGAUGCACCACCAGAUGCCGCCGCCUCAUCCACCCCAGCCAGGUCAGAUACCAGGCCCAGGUUCCAUGAUGCCUGGGCAGCCCAUGCCAGGCCGCAUGAUGCCCACCGUUGCAGCCAGCAUCCACCCCCCUGGGAGUGGCCCCACCCCUCCUGGUAUGCCUCCAAUCCCAGGAAACAUCUUAGGACCCCGGGUACCCCUCACGGCACCUAACGGCAUGUAUCCCCCUCCACCGCAGCAGCAGCCACCACCUCCAGCACCUGCGGACGGAGGCCCUCCACCUCCCGCUCCUGGCCCACCAGCCUCAGCUGCACCGUAGCCCGAAAGACACAGGGGACGUCCGCGCCCAGUGCCCCCAGCUGGAGUGGGGAUGACAAGACUUGUGUUCCUCCGCUUCCUUGGGUUUCUUUCAGGAGUUUUCUUCUCACAGCCCCAAGCACGCACCCUGACUUUUCCCCAUUCCUCUUGCCACCCCUCUCCGUGCUCUGACACCUGCUGUGUUAGUCCUCCUCCAGCACUCAAGGGGGGGAAGCCCGUGCUGCCAGUGUGCCCUGGUCACCCUGAAAUACCUGGCGUCUCCCUGACCCACUGUGGGGUAUGCUGACAGUGUGUCUGCAGGUCCUGUCAACGUUAGUGGUCUAUGUCUGUAUCAUUUUUUGCUCUCCUGCAGUUUUGUUCUGUUUUUGCUUUGUCUUAUGCUUAUAUGGAUAAUGCUUUAUAAUCAUUACCACUUUUCUUUUUUUUUCCUUUUGGUCAUUAUUGCUUUAAAGGAGAGCAUCCUAAGUUAAUAGGAACCAAAAAAUAUUGAUGGGCAGAGGGGAUAGCCAGAGGGGACAAACCUUAAGGCAUUGUAAGUGACCUUAUUUCUGCUUAUCUGAGCUAAGAAUGGUGCUGAUGGUGAAGUUUCAUGAGACUUUUGCCACACAUGGACGCACCAAAAUUUAAAGAGAUGGGGAAAAGUGACCCCCCCGAUGUUAUCCUUAGUGAGGACCGUGAGAGCCUCCAGCCUGCCUGGCAGAACACCCCCUUUUAUCCCUGGUAGGGGAGAGCACAAGCGUUAGAAGAGAUCCACUCCUUGCCCUGGCCCACUGGUUCUGGUUUUCUAUGCAGACGGUUUGUUUGAUUGCUAGGGGAGGGGUUGGGCAUUUUGUUUUUGUCAAAAGUGUAAGCAGUGUAAGCUUUGAGGGCUGUGAUUUGGGAGGCAUUCCUGAGUUCCCUGAGUCUAGGGAACUUUCCCACCAGGAACAUUCUGAGGGUCUUGGGCAAUGGUCAUCCAGUGAAUCUAGCCCACUGUUCACUGCUUUGUGUGCAUUCUUUUUUCUCCCUCUUUACAAGAAAGAAAAAACUUAAAAAAAAAAAGUAGAUAGUGCUGAGUUUAGCUCAUGGACUUGGUUAGGUUGGCUGGGGUUACAGGUCCCCAAACUACCUCUUGAAGUAGUCAGGGUGAGUGGGAUUUAGUGAAGCGGUACUUUAGGUUUGGGGUGGGAUUGGAGAAGUGGGGCAAGACCAGCAGCCUCUCAUACCUUCUCCCUUCCCCGUCUGAGAUCUCACAUUCCAUCAUCACAUGGUUGGUUGUCAAGGAGAUGCUGUGGGUACCAGGGAACUCACUUGGCAAUCAAAGCAUCAUGGUUUGAGGGUGGGGUGCUCGGGCUGGGAGAGUGGAAUGCCAUUCCAGAGGAAGAGCCACAAAAAUGCCUUAAUAUGAGCCCAUUUCUACCCCUCCUGAUGAGUGACUUGAGAGUUCUUGGUUUUCUCUUCUUGUCUGUCUUCCCUCUCCUCUAUCCUUCCAUGGGUGGGGAAACGGUGUUUUGGGUUGAGCUUGGUUUCCGAAGCACCUGGCCCCUUCACAUUCUCAAGUGGCAGUUUCCUUUAGAAUGCAAAGUGGAACAUCUUUUGGAUAUCUUUUCUAUAUAUUCUGUAAAGCUUUACAUGUGUGAGGGUGUGGGAAGGUGUUUAUAAAACACUUUAGAACCUUUUUCCUUAAUAUCAGAAAGCAAAAAAAAAAACAAACCACAAUUAAGAUUUGCCUUUCAAACCCUCAGGUGUUACCUCUAACCAGGUGGCCCUGGUCACCAUCAGAGUACUGGAACCAAGGAGACCUUGUUCCUUCUGUGAGUUUAUUCCAGACUGUUGGAGUGGAAAUGAGCUUGUUCCUACUGGAGUUUAAUUCCAUUGCUUUUGACUCCAGAAAGACCCCAGUGCCUUUCGACAAUGGCCAGGGUUUUCUGAAUUUUCCCGCCAGUCUUUCCCAAAGGAAACUCAUUCCAAAUACCUUUUCCACUGAGGUCUUUAAAGGAAGAUGGAGUUCUGGUUCAUACUGUGGUCUCUCGCAACCUCAGGUCUUUAAUGUGAUCGCUUUCAAAUUUAAAAGAUCCAGGUGGAAAUAUUGUAACUAUGCUGGUAAUAAUUCUACAGAAUACCUGAAUUCUUAACACUGUUGUGUUUCAGUAUAAGUGGUGACUUUUUCUUUUUAUGUCUUUGAUCUGGUUUUGUUCCUGUAAUACAGCCACCCGAUUUUGUGAGGGGGGGAAUAAUACGUGGUUUUUGUACAAAAAUGUUUCUCAGUGUGUUAUUUUGGAAAAGUGAAGGGAGGGAGUUUGGGGAGACUGGAAGAAAUUGAUCAAGAAGGCCUAAUCUCCCUCUUUUUCAGUGAAUAAAUGAAACAUCAUUUCUGGA